AUGUGCAACGUCAACGCGCUCGGAGUCUACGUGUGGGAGACGAUCGUUUUCUUCAGCCUGGCAGCCUCCAAAGAAGCUGAAGCAGCAGCACGAUCUGCCCCCAAGCCCAUGUCUCCUUCUGAUUUCUUGGAUAAGCUGAUGGGGCGGACUUCAGGAUAUGAUGCCAGGAUCAGGCCGAAUUUCAAAGGCCCACCAGUGAAUGUCAGCUGCAACAUUUUCAUCAACAGCUUUGGUUCGAUUGCAGAAACGACUAUGGAUUACAGAGUGAACAUCUUCUUGCGACAGCAAUGGAAUGAUCCACGACUGGCAUACAAUGAAUACCCAGAUGACUCUCUGGACUUGGACCCUUCUAUGCUAGACUCCAUCUGGAAGCCUGACUUGUUUUUUGCAAAUGAGAAAGGGGCGCAUUUCCAUGAGAUUACCACAGACAACAAGCUGCUGAGGAUCUCCAGAAAUGGGAACGUCCUCUACAGCAUCAGGAUCACGCUGACUCUGGCCUGCCCCAUGGACCUGAAGAACUUCCCCAUGGAUGUACAGACAUGCAUCAUGCAGUUAGAAAGCUUUGGCUACACAAUGAAUGAUCUAAUAUUUGAGUGGCAAGAAAAAGGAGCCGUGCAAGUUGCUGAUGGGCUGACAUUGCCUCAGUUUAUCCUAAAAGAAGAAAAAGACUUGAGAUACUGCACAAAACACUACAACACAGGCAAAUUCACCUGUAUAGAAGCUCGUUUCCACCUGGAGCGGCAGAUGGGCUACUAUUUGAUCCAGAUGUACAUCCCCAGCCUCCUCAUUGUCAUUCUGUCCUGGAUCUCCUUCUGGAUCAAUAUGGAUGCUGCUCCUGCUCGUGUUGGCCUGGGGAUCACCACAGUGCUCACUAUGACCACUCAGAGCUCUGGUUCCCGAGCAUCACUGCCCAAGGUGUCUUACGUGAAGGCCAUAGACAUCUGGAUGGCCGUGUGCUUGCUGUUUGUGUUCUCUGCACUUCUAGAGUAUGCUGCUGUCAACUUCGUGUCCAGGCAGCACAAAGAGCUUCUCAGGUUCAGAAGGAAGAGGAGGCAUCAUAAGGGUGCACUGUCUAUAUCUCAUUUUAAGUAGAGUCCCAUGCUCAAUCUGUUUCAGGAGGAUGAAGCCGGGGAAGGCAGGUUCAACUUCACCGCCUACGGGAUGGGGCCAGCUUGCCUACAAGCCAAGGACGGCAUCUCCGUCAAGGGUGCCAACAACAACAACACAGCCAACCCGGUCCCCCCGCCGUCCCGCUCCCCCGAGGAGAUGCGAAAGCUCUUCAUCCAGAGAGCCAAGAAGAUCGACAAGAUCUCCCGCAUCGGCUUCCCCAUGGCGUUCCUCAUCUUCAACAUUUUCUACUGGAUCAUCUACAAAAUCGUCCGCAGAGAGGACGUGCACAACCAGUGAGGGAAGGAGUGCAGCUGGGAGGGAGAGGGCAAUCCUUUAUAUAUGUGCAAUAGCAAUGCAGCAAUGCAUGAAUUUAAGAAUGU